AUCCCCUCCUCCGUUCCACUCCACCCCCAUGGCGUCGCCGGAGCCGCCCUUCCCCGAUGCCCCUCCGCCGCCGCCCUGCCCCGACGCCCCGGCGGCGCUGCCCUGCAUCCCCGGCGCCUUGCCGGCCUUGGAGGCGCAGGCGACCCUCCCGGGCCACGUCACGGAGGAGAUCCUCCUCCGCCUCCCCACGGCCGCCGACCUCGCCCGCGCGUCCAUGGCCGGCCCCGCCCUCCGCCGCAUCAUCGCCAACCACACCUUCCUCCGUCGCUUCCGCACCCUCCACCCGCCGCCUCUGCUGGGUAUACUCUCGGAUCCCUUCUUCCCAGCCCAGCCGCCCCACCCCUCCGCCGCCGCCGCCGGAACACUCGCAGGCACCGACUUCUCCUGCUCCUUCCUCCCCUCCCGCGAGCAGCGGUGGCGUCGCUGCGACUUCCGCGACGGCCGCGCCCUCCUCUGCAUCGACACCGACGGCGGUGCCAUGGUGAGGGACGUCGCCGUCUGCGACCCGCUGCACCGGCGCUACCUGCUGCUACCUCCUGUCCCCCAGGGCCUGCCCGAUCUGGUCCAUCACUUGGAUCCUUUCCUUGCUCCUGCCAGCGCAGACGAGGGCGCUGACACUGCUGCGGGCGCUCCCUUGAGAUUCAAAGUCAUGUGCUUGGCCCAGUACCACACCCGCUUGGUCCUCUACGUCUACUCUUCAUCCGCCCCCCAUGCCGGACAAUGGCGCACCGUCACAUUUGAUGGCUGGGCCGCUCUCCUCGCAGGAGUCAGUAUCCAUGUGCGAUCCUCUGUUGCGUUCGGAAAGCGCUACUACGCGCACGGGUGCUUCUGUUGGCCGAUAUGUGCGAUCAACAAGUUGCUCUUGCUCGACACAGCUACCACCGAGUUCUCCUCCGUCCACCUUCCGCCUGAUCUCAUGAAUCACCAGGUGGCCUUUGUGGAAGCAACCGAAGGGAGGCUUGGGAUGUUCGCUCUCAGCCAAGUUCCCACACACCUCGUGCCUCGCCUCCGGUAUUCCAUUUUGGUUCGCACCGGGGAUGACCCAGGGCGGUGGGAAAAGAAAAAGGUGGUCACAUUGUCCCAUGAUUACUGCUAUCAGAUCAUUGGUGUAGCUGGGGGGUACCUGCUCCUAUAUCUGGUUACAGACAACCCGGAUUCGUUCCCUCCGGGUAAAGUGCCGGACCCGGGCUGCUUUUCACUGAAUCUUCGCACUAUGGAUCUUGAGCGCUUCUCUCGGAAUAGAGAUAUACUGCCAUUGCUGGGCCAACUGUAUUCGGGCUUCCCGCGAUACUUGACUCCACCAACUAUUUGAAACAGGCUUAAUCUGCUGGGUACAGGACCAAUUGACUCCAUUUGGAUUGUUCUUGACUUGAUCCAUCUCAUAUAAGGCAGUGCCAAGCCCGGUAAUUGAUGGAGUGCCUAGCAGCAGCAGCAGUGAUUAAGUUGCUUUGUUCCUCUUAUUUGGUGGACUGGAUGGAACCAUGUAUGUAUGUAUAUAUGUAUGCACAUCGUGUUAAUUCUGGCUAGCACGUGUAAGUGUCCUGUUGUUCCGUUAACUUGUAUGUUUCAUUUCAUCUUGACGCUCAGUAAUGUACUACAUUGUACUCAUGGACCACAUCAGGGAGAAGAAAUCUUCAUUCUUUCUCCUUUUUGCGGGAAAGGAGACCUCUUC